GUCAACGAGAACAAGUGAAUUAUCGAAAGUGUGUAUUUUUAUUAAAAAGAAAAACUUAAAAUAUUCUAAAAUAAUGUUAAAAAUUAAAGCUAAAAGUACAAAUAAAGCGAAAUCGCUUAAAGAUAAAAAAGUCAAGAAAACUAAGUUAAAAGAAAACUUAGAAAAAGUUGAAAAAGUGAAGAAAAAUAUGAAGAAAAUUGCCAAACUUCUUGAUGAACCGGUCGAAGAGGCGGCCCCAGAAAAAGUGGUUAAGAAAAGCAAAGAUAAAGCUAAAAAAUCCAAAUCCAAGAACAAAUCUCACAAGGAAGAACUGGAGGGCUUAAAAGAUCUCGAUCCAGAGUUCUAUAAUUUCCUUAAACAAAAUGACAAAGAACUUUUAGAUUUUAACUUGAUGGAUAGCGAUGAUGAUGACGAAGAUGCCGAUGAAGAUUCAAAGGAAAAGAAGACCAAAGGUGUGGACUCGGGAGCAGAAUCUGACGAAGAGGAUGAAAAAUUCCAUAAACCAAGUGCUGAUCUAGAAGUUGCCAGUGAUGAGAGCGAUGCUGAGGAAGAAAUCGAGACAGCUGCUGAUGGAACCCAAAAGAUUACCCUCAAUUUGUUGCGCCAGUGGCAACUGCAGCUGCAAAAACCCCAUGUUCCAAUUGAUAUUGUCCGCAAGGUUGUUCAAGCCUUCAGCUCUGCACUGGCCAGCGUAUCCGGCGAUGACUCGAAGAUUGCUACUUUCCGCGUAGAGGGUGCGGCCGCAUUCAAUGGGGUCGUUCAGCUCUGUGUCUUAAACAUGCAUCCAGCAUUGACAAAUCUUCUUGGAAUUUCUGAAAAAACCAAGACCCCAAUCCACAAGUUGAAGAAAUGGCCCAAGGUCCGCAGCUGCCUUCGGUACUACCUCAUGGACCUGAUUCGACUCAUUGAACAUGUUUCCAGCCCCAAUAUUCUUACCGUAUUGCUAAAACAUCUCCAUCAGAUGGCUGGCAUGGUUGGAUCCUUCGCUAACAUCGGUAAAACCAUUCUCAAGAGGUUGAUAGUCCUUUGGUCCACUGCCGAUGAGACCGUUCGAGUUCUGUCCUUCCUUUGCAUCCUGAAGAUCACCAGAAAUCAACAGGUUUCUAUGCUGAAUCAUGUCCUAAAGGCCAUGUACCUAUCGUACGUAAGAAAUUCAAAGUUCGUUUCCCCGAAUACUCUUCCAUCGAUAAACUUCAUGCGACGUUCGCUGGUUGAGAUGUUCGCUCUCGACCUGAACACAGCUUACCAGCAUGCUUUCCUCUACAUCCGUCAGUUGGCAAUUCAUCUGCGAAACGCAGUCAUUCUCAAAAAGAAGGACAGCUUCCAGUCAGUGUAUAACUGGCAAUAUGUGAACUCUAUCCGCUUGUGGGUUGAUUUGCUCGGAGCCACGCACAACAAACCCCAGCUACAGCCUCUGAUUUAUCCUCUGGUCAGUAUAGUGACUGGGGCCAUCAAGCUCAUCCCAACAGCACAGUACUUCCCGCUGCGUUUCCAUUGCAUAAACUCCCUGAUCAGCCUGGCAAAGCAAACAGACACCUUCAUUCCUGUCCUACCGUUCAUUCUUGAGGUCCUCAACAGCACCACCUUCAACAAGAAGCACAGUUCAGUGUCAAUGAAGCCCAUGCAGUUCACCUGCAUUUUGCGAUUGAAUAAGUCACAAAUGGCAGAGAACGGAUUCCGUGAUGAGGUCGUGGAGAACGUUUGCGGUCUCUUGUUGGAUUAUCUGGCUCAUGAAUCCGCCACUCUGGCUUUCCCUGAUCUGGUUGUGCCGACAGUUGUAGCCUUGAAACAGUAUCUGAAGAAAUGCAAGAAUUCAAAUUACUCACGAAAGCUUAAGCAAGUUCUAGACAAAAUUCAGGACAAUGCCAAAUUCAUUGAGAACGAACGAAGAAAGAUUAACUUUGGUUUGAAAGAUACGAGCCUCGUACAGUCGUGGGAGACUAAGAUUCGAAACAGUGGAACUCCACUUGGAAUCUACUACACCAGCUGGCUUAAGACGCACGAGACGAAGAAACGUCGUCAAGCCGCAAACACUGAUGAUAUCAACGACUACGAUGUGCCCAUGAUAAAGAGGCAAAAGACAGACAAGAAGGCCAACGAUGAUGGUGAUGUCGAGUUGUUCCCAUCAGAUUCAGAAGACGACGGAUUGAACGACAUACUGAAGGACAAAGAAGAUGGUCCCGAAGUCGAAGUGAAAAAACCUACCAAGAAACCCAAGAAGGAAAAGAAGGCGAAAAAGGCUAAAGAAAUCCCUGCUGCUGCUGUAGAGGAAGAAGAAGAAGACGAUGGAGCCGAUGCUGCAAUUGAUAUUGUUAAGGAUUUAGAUAUGAAUGAUUGGUAGACUUUUGAAAACAUUAAAUAAACAUUUUAUUUUUGUAAAAUUAAAACAAGA